UGCAGUGUGUAGGAUACUGUAUGUGUACAAAUUUCAACAUAACCGCACGCUGCAAUUAAAACAAGAAAAUAAUAUUUUUUUAUUCGCAAAGAGAAUAAAAAUUAAGAAGAAAAUACUUGUAGCAUUAUUAAAUUAAGAAUUAAAUCAUGGGUAAAACUCGAAACGGAAAAGCUGCUGUUACUUGCACAGUACUUGCAUUUGUUUUGAUUGUGAUCGCAUUUACCACACCCAAUUGGCUUGAAACAGACGGAAAAUUGGAUAAUCCAAAAUUUGUUAAAAUUGGAUUAUGGCAGGUGUGUUUUCAAGGAUUUGAGCACCCCCAUCACUUAUAUGAUACGAAAUUUUAUGGUUGUUGGUGGGUGUUUGAGGAAGAAUAUUAUAUAAUUCAUGACAUUCUUCUACCAGACUUUUUUGUUGCCACACAGUUUUUCUUCACAUUGUGUUUGACUCUAUUAUUAAUAGGAUGUUUCUUAACUAUAUUAUAUACAUGUUGUUCACGGAAUCAUGAUAAAUUCCUGUUGCUCUUGUGGACAACUGGUGGGAAUUUGACAUUAGGUGGAAUAUGUGGCAUUAUAGCUGUUAUAAUAUUUGGUGCACGAGGUGAUGGUAGAGAUUGGAUGCCCAAUUGGGAGCAUAAUGAUAUAAGUUGGUCUUAUGCACUAGCUGUGAUUGGUAGCUUUAUUUUGGUCAUAGCAGGUGUACUGUUUCUAGUUGAAGGCCGCAGAUAUAAGAAAAAGCAGGAAAGAAUAUUGAACCAAGAUCAGAAAACUCAUACAACCAUCUAGUUUGAAUAUAGUGUUCAUUAAUGAGAAACAUGAAUCAAUGCUAAGUUAUUUGCAUUAUCAAAGAUCUACACAUAGCUCUCAGUUCAAAUAUACAUAUUUAAAUUUAUAUUAAUUAAUCUUUAUAUAGAUUUUUAAAGACUAUCAUAUUUUGAUAUUUAUACUCUUUUAUUUUUUUGUAUUUGUGCACCUUUUUAUGAUUACAGAAAAUCAUAUCAGUGAAAGAAAUAUUUUAUACCUUUUAACAGAAUAUUUAACACGCAUAUUAUACAUUUAUUAUUUGUUUUGUAAAGUAAUUAAUGCUAAUAAAUCCGUCCAUAGAAGUAAGAGAUUUUAUGAAGAGACUAAGAGUCUGUAAAUAUAAAUAGUAUUAAUUAUGUAACAAAAAUACUGCAUGAUCU